GAAUUGAAUCCACCCCCGUCCCCGGGUCGAGUGUCGAGAACUCGUAAAGAUUACAAAUCGAUGCAUACACAAUUCAAUUGUCAUUAACAAAUAUCAAUCGGAGAAUGGGAAGCGACAGCAAAUCCAAGGACCAGGAGAAGAAGAAAACCAGGAAGAGAAGCCCCUCUUCUUCUGCCUCCGAAGAUGAAGGAAAACACAGAAAACGGCAUAGAAGGGAAGAAGAACGGGAAAGGAGAAGCAGCAAGAGUGAUAAGAAAGAGAAGCGAAGGUACAAGAAGUCUCACAAGCACCGCUCUGAUAAAGAUAAGAAAUCAAAGGAUAAGCAUAGUGGCAAACAUCGCAAAGGUGAUCAUGGCAAGAAAUUCCAAGAGCUUUCCAAUGAUGAUUACUUCUCUAAGAACAACGAAUUUGCAACCUGGCUGAGGGAAGAGAAGAAGAUGUUUUUCUCUGAACUUUCAUCAGAGACUGCACGCGAUUUGUUUACAGACUUUGUCAAGGACUGGAACAAUCAAAAGCUUGACUCUCGAUACUAUGAAGGCAUUUCAAGUGGGCCACGGAGUGCCCAUAACUGGACAUUCAAAAACAAACAGUUCGAGCUGGCUUGCUGCUGUAGGAAACUCUCUAUUUUCAGUUCCAAAUAUCCACUGACCACCAUUCUUUUCCAUCAAAAUCUUUUAAACACAAAACCUUUCUCAACAAUCUCAUUACCAUGCAUGGAAAUAGAAGAACUCACAAACACAAAUAUCGUCGCAUGCAGAAAUCAUGGGGCUUCUAUUCCCCUUUCAAGCCACCCGAACCCGGAAAUAUCCUGCUUCUAUCAAAAGGGUUUCUCGCAAAUCACCAACGAAGUCGCUGGCAAAGCCUUACACGCUCUUUGCAUUAAAGGCUUAGCUAAUCUUGGUGUGUUUUGCAAUAAUACUUUAAUAAAUAUGUAUUCCAAGUUUGGCGACGUAGGUAUUGCUCGUUAUGUGUUCGAUAAUAUGUGUGAAAGAAAUGAGUCUUCUUGGAACCACAUGAUGAGCGCAUUUGUACGCGCAGGUCUAUAUAGGGAAUCGAUUGCGUUUCUUAAUGAAAUGCGUGAUUCUGGCAUUAAUCCUAGUGGCUUUGCACUUGCUAGUUUGAUAACCGCAUGUGAUAGGUCGGGGUGUAUGUUAAGUGAAGGGAUUCAAGUCCAUGAUUUGGUUGUGAAGUUUGGCCUUCUGGGUGAUGUUUAUGUGGGUACGUCGCUUUUGCAUUUUUAUGGGACUUAUGGGUUGGCUUUUAAUGCAAGGAAGCUCUUCGAAGAGAUGCCGGAUAAGAAUGUAGUUUCUUGGACUGCGAUGAUGGUUGCUUAUUCAGAUUUUGGAGAUCCAACGGAAGUUAUGAAUAUAUAUUCACGAAUGAGGCUUGAAGGACUGAGUUGCAAUGCCAACACAUUAGCUACUGUAGCUAGUUCUUGUGCGUCACUUGUGGAUGGAUUCUUGGGUCAUCAAAUUCUUGGGCAUGUUAUAAAGUUUGGGUUAGAAACUAAUAUUUCUGUAGCGAACUCUCUCAUAUCGAUGUUUGGUAGUUUAGGUAGAGUGCAAGAAGCUUGCCAUAUUUUUGGUGGUAUGAAUGAACGUGACACAAUCUCAUGGAACUCUAUGAUUUCCGUAAAUGUGCAUAAUGAUCUUUGUGAAGAAUCUCUAAGAUGUUUUCAUUGGAUGCGGCAUGUUCAUAACCAUAUAAAUUCCACCACACUUUCAACUCUUUUAUCAGGCUGUGGCUCGUUAGAUAAUUUGAAAUGGGGCAGAGGAAUUCACUCCCUAGUAGUAAAAUUUGGAUUGGACACAAAUAUUUGCACAUGCAAUACUCUCAUAGGAAUAUAUUCAGGUGCUGGGGAAUCUGAACAGGCAGAGUUGGUAUUCCAAAGAAUGGCUGAAAGGGAUUUGAUUUCAUGGAAUUCCAUGAUGGCCUGCUAUGCUCAGUAUGGGAAGUGCCUAGAUGCCUUGAAAAUAUUUGGUAGAAUUUUUAACAAGUCAAAAGUAGCAAAUUUUGUGUCUUUUACAAGUGCAUUAGCUGCCUGUUCAGACCCGGAAUUUAUCACCGAAGGCAAGAUUCUUCAUGCCCUUGUAAUCCUGACAGGUUUACAUGAAAAUCUGAUUGUUGGCAAUGCAUUGGUUAGUCUCUAUACAAAGUCUGGAAUGAUGGUUGCAGCCAAAAAGGUAUUUCAAACGAUGCCCAGGAGGGAUGAAGUGACUUGGAAUGCGCUUAUUGGUGGUCAUGUGGAUAAUGAAGAACCAGAUGAAGCAGUAAAAGCCUUCAAAUUGAUGAGAGAAGAAAGUAUACCUGCAAACUAUAUUACUAUUGCAAAUGUUCUUGGUGCUUGCUUGUCUCCAAAUGAUCUGCUGAAACAUGGGAUGCCCAUCCAUGCUAUUAUAGUUCUUACAGGAUUGGAAUCAGAUCAUUAUGUGCAGAAUUCACUCAUCACGAUGUAUGCCAAGUGUGGUGAUCUGAAUUCCAGUAACCAAAUCUUUAAUCGGUUAACUAAUAAGAAUGCCGUAGCAUGGAAUGCCAUUAUGGCUGCAAAUGCUCAUCAUGGCCAAGUAGAAGAGGCUUUGAAAUUUCUUGUGGAAAUGAGACGUGCAGGAGUAGAUUUGGAUCAGUUUGGCUUCUCUGAAUGCCUUGCCGCUACUGCUACAUUGGCAAUAUUGGAGGAAGGCCAACAGCUUCAAAGUUUGGCAAUCAAACUUGGUUUGGACUCAGAUCCUUUUGUCGCAAAUGCCACAAUGGAUAUGUAUGCAAAAUGUGGAGAAAUAGAUGACGUGUUAAGAAUAAUUCCUCAACCACUUGAACGGUCUCGAUUAUCAUGGAAUAUAAUGAUAUCAUCUUUUGCCAGACAUGGGUUUUUUGAGAAGGCCAAGGAAACUUUUAAUGAAAUGAUGAAGUUGGGAGUUAAACCUGACCAUGUUACCUUCGUUUCUCUUCUUUCUGCGUGCAGUCAUGGGGGCUUAGUGGAGGAGGGUCUGGCAUACUAUCAUUCAAUGAUAAAGGAGUUUGGUAUUCCAGCAGGAAUAAAGCAUUGUGUAUGCGUUGUUGAUCUUCUUGGACGAUCAGGAAGGCUUUCUGAGGCUGAAACUUUCAUCAAGGAAAUGCCAGUUCCACCAACUGACCUUGUUUGGCGAAGCUUGUUGGCUGCAUGUAAAAUCCAUGGCAAUCUGGAAAUUGGGAGGAAAGCUGCAGAAAAUCUCUUUAAACUGGAUCCAUCAGAUGAUUCAGCAUAUGUUCUUUAUUCAAAUGUCUGUGCAAGCACUGGGAGAUGGGAGGAUGUAGAGACUCUUAGGAGCCAAAUGGGAUCAAAUAACAUAAAGAAGAAACCUGCAUGCAGUUGGGUCAAGUUGAAGAAUAAAGUUAGUUCUUUUGGAAUGGGGGAGCAGUCUCAUCCACAGACUAGUCAUAUAUACACAAAGUUGGAAGAGCUUAAGAAAAUGAUUAAGGAAGCAGGUUACGUACCUGAUACAAGCUAUGCCUUGCAAGAUACAGAUGAAGAACAGAAGGAACACAAUCUCUGGAACCAUAGUGAAAGACUUGCCCUUGCAUUUGGCUUGAUCAAUACUCCUGAAUAUUCAACUGUUAAAAUUUUCAAGAACCUUCGUGUUUGUGGUGAUUGUCAUUCUGUUUACAAGUUUGUUAGUGGACUUCUUGGGCGGAAAAUCAUACUACGAGACCCUUAUCGCUUUCAUCAUUUUAGCGGAGGUAAGUGUUCUUGUUCUGACUAUUGGUGAUAGAAGUAUUAUAGCUCAAGAAUGUAGCUUUGAGACACAUUUACAGUAGUUAUAUUGAGUAUUAGAGAUCAAAUGAUGUAAUACAGGGUGUGAAACAAAUUCACAACUCAUCCCUCUUCAUUACAUGUGGAAAAAUUAUCUUUGGCAUUGAUUUUCGUAUUCAUGCAUUUUAGACUUUUUCUUC